AUGUUCAACAUUGUCAGCCUCAAUCAUCAAGCUGAUAGGUAUCAAGUUCGUAUCAACUUUGCUUGGAUCUGUUUGAACCAGAGCCACGCUGAUCCAAGUUGUUGUCCGCUGUUUGUAGGAAGAAGUGAGUGUGUCGAACCUCCUCUGAGCUUGAGCCAUGCUGAUCCAACUCAUUGUCCGCCGUUAGCAGGAAGGGUCACUGGUCACCGUACAUCUGCGGUCAAUUGUAGCUAUACAUAUCAGCUAAUUCUUGAUAACUAUGCAAAAUUUAUGAGGGGGACAAGGAUGGGGAGUAGUGAGAAAGUACUGAUGUCAGAAAUGAUUGACAGCACUUUCAAUAAGCCAUCGCAAGUUGCAGGCGCAUUAUAUGAUAAAUUUGAUCACCCAAUCAUUCGUCAAGGCACUACAACAGUUGGCAGCCUGACGAAAAAACUUGGAUCGUUGCCUGCUUCAGCACACAUGCUGUACAGUGGUUCCCACUUUCCAAAUGCUGGAAAGUUUUGUUGGGACAAGGCUACUGGUUUCAGGUCAAAUAUCCAGGGGUGUACAGACAAAUUCUUCCAGCAUGCCAGGGAAUUCUGUCCCUCUGACAAGAUGGCAGAAUUAAGGGAGUCUGUGGAUAGCAUCGCCAGCACAGCCACGACACUGUAUCAAGUCGUCAAAGAAGCUGCAGAACAAUGUGGCAUUCCUCUCUACACUAUAUCAAAUAACCUUGUAAACACCUUCAGUGUCCUAUUUGAAGAGCUCAAAGAACAGUUUCCACCACCUGGUGAAGCUUCUGGUCAUGAGAAGCACAUGACCAUGAUGAACACAUCAGGAAAACGACAAGUUCCUUAUUUCACCUUAUUGUCACUUUUUCACAUUCAAUAA